UCGCAGCGUGUAAAUUUCGCAGGUGGCACACGUUCGCGGUGCGUCGCGGCUUGUAACUCGGCGGGUUUUUCCCGACUCAAAAGUUGAGCAAAAAUAAAAUAAAAAUAAAACAACACAUUGUAGUGGAAUAAGUGUCUACUCCGUCCAUUCGGUGCCUUAACGUAUUGUUAUAAAAAAUAUAAAAAAAAAGAAAUACAUAUAUACAUACAACUCAUAUCCUUAGUCCCUCACCUAAGCCGGUCACAUGAAAUUUCAACGUCCAUUGUGCCAGCGAGUUGAACAAUUGCACACGUUUUUAUGUGCCGGAAUGCAAGAAUUUUCAAUGUGCUAAGCCCUGCGACAUGGAGCCGGAGUUUUGAACUCUGAACCCUAGACACAGCAUACAUGUACAUGGAAUAUUAAUUACCCUCAACUCUUACUGUUAAGUGAAGUGUAAAAAUAAGAAAAGCAAAAAAAAACUCUAAAAUGGGUCGCAAAAAGAAGCUGCCAACGGGCGUAUCGUCUGGCGGCAACAACGCCGCCGCCCCCAAAUCGGUGGGCGGGUGCUGUGUGCCGCUGGGAUUACCGCAACCUUUGCUGCUCGAGGAGAAGAAGUUCCUGCUGGCUGUCGAGCGAGGCGAUAUGCCGAAUGUGCGCAGGAUCCUGCAGAAGGCGCUGCGCCAUCAGCACAUCAACAUCAACUGCAUGGACCCCUUGGGCCGUAGGGCUCUCACCCUGGCGAUAGACAAUGAGAACCUGGAGAUGGUCGAGCUGCUUGUCAUCAUGGGGGUGGAGACCAAGGACGCCCUGCUGCACGCCAUCAAUGCGGAGUUCGUUGAGGCUGUGGAGCUCCUGCUCGAGCACGAGGAGCUCAUCUACAAGGAGGGCGAACCCUACAGUUGGCAAAAAGUAGACAUAAAUACGGCGAUGUUUGCACCUGAUAUCACACCUCUUAUGCUGGCGGCCCACAAAAAUAAUUUCGAGAUACUUCGCAUUCUUUUGGAUCGUGGAGCUGCAGUACCAGUGCCACAUGAUAUACGUUGCGGUUGUGAGGAGUGCGUUCGCUUGACCACGGAAGACUCUUUAAGACACUCCCUGUCCAGGGUGAACAUCUACAGGGCGUUAUGCAGUCCCUCGCUGAUCUGCCUUACCUCAAACGACCCUAUACUCACCGCCUUCCAGUUGUCCUGGGAACUUAGGAAUCUGGCCUUAACCGAGCAGGAGUGCAAGUCGGAGUACAUGGAUCUGCGAAGGCAGUGCCAGAAGUUUGCCGUGGAUCUGCUGGAUCAGACACGAACUUCCAAUGAACUGGCCAUCAUCCUAAACUACGAUCCGCAGAUGUCAAGCUAUGAGCCCGGUGACCGGAUGAGUCUAACCCGCCUGGUGCAGGCUAUUUCCUACAAGCAGAAAAAGUUCGUUGCGCACUCGAAUAUUCAGCAAUUACUGUCAUCGAUUUGGUAUGACGGGCUCCCAGGAUUCCGGCGCAAAAGCAUUGUGGACAAAAUCAUCUGCAUCGGCCAGGUGGCCGUGCUUUUCCCGCUCUACUGCCUCAUCUACAUGUGCGCCCCGAACUGUAGGACGGGCCAGUUGAUGCGCAAGCCCUUUAUGAAAUUCCUGAUCCAUGCCUCCUCCUAUUUGUUCUUCCUGUUCAUCUUGAUUCUGGUAUCGCAACGGGCGGACGAUGACUUUGUACGCAUCUUCGGAACGGCCAGGAUGAAGAAGGAACUAGCAGAGCAGGAGCUGCGUCAGCGUGGACAGGCUCCCAGCAAACUGGAACUCCUUGUGGUGCUCUAUGUGAUUGGGUUCGUUUGGGAGGAGGUGCAGGAGAUAUUUGCUGUGGGUAUGAAGAGUUAUUUACGCAACAUGUGGAACUUCAUCGACUUCCUGCGCAACAGUCUUUACGUGAGUGUAAUGUGUUUGAGAGCCUUUGCCUAUAUCCAACAGGCCACGGAAAUAGCCAGAGAUCCACAAAUGGCUUAUAUACCUCGCGAGAAAUGGCAUGAUUUUGACCCGCAGCUUAUUGCCGAAGGUCUUUUUGCAGCGGCCAAUGUCUUCUCGGCCUUGAAGCUGGUGCACCUGUUCAGCAUUAAUCCGCAUUUGGGUCCACUGCAGAUCUCAUUGGGUCGUAUGGUCAUCGACAUUGUGAAGUUUUUCUUCAUCUACACCCUGGUGCUGUUUGCCUUUGCCUGCGGCUUGAACCAACUGCUAUGGUACUUUGCCGCUCUGGAGAAAAGCAAAUGCUAUGUCCUGCCGGGUGGCGAGGCGGAUUGGGGCUCGCAUGGCGACUCCUGCAUGAAAUGGCGCCGCUUUGGCAACCUUUUCGAGUCCUCGCAGUCACUUUUUUGGGCCAGUUUCGGUAUGGUCGGAUUGGACGACUUCGAGCUGAGUGGCAUCAAGUCGUAUACGCGAUUCUGGGGACUCCUCAUGUUCGGCUCGUACAGCGUCAUCAACGUGAUUGUUCUGCUGAAUCUGCUCAUCGCCAUGAUGUCCAAUUCGUAUGCCAUGAUUGAUGAGCACUCGGACACCGAGUGGAAGUUCGCCAGAACCAAGUUGUGGAUGAGCUACUUCGAGGAUAGUGCCACCCUCCCGCCUCCCUUCAACGUUCUACCCUCCGUGAAGUGGCUCAUUAGGAUUUUCCGAAAGUCAAGCAAGGCCAUUGAUCGACAACGCUCCAAGAAGCGGCAGGAACAGGAGCAGUUCAGCAAGUAUGACAACAUAAUGCGCUCCUUGGUCUGGCGUUAUGUAGCCGCCAUGCAUCGCAAGUUCGAGGAUAAUCCCGUCUCAGAGGACGAUAUAAAUGAGGUUAAAAGUGAAAUCAACACUAUGCGAUAUGAAAUGCUUGAGAUAUUCGAGAACAGCGGCAUGGAUGUUUCCUCGGCCAACAAAAAGGAAAGGCAGCCACGUCCUAGACGCAUAAAAGUCUGGGAACGUCGUUUGAUGAAGGGCUUCCAGGUGGCUCCAGUGCAAAAUAGCUGCGAAUCCGAUGCCUUCGGGAAUGUCAACGGGCAGGGAGACAUGAAGGAGAUCAAGGUGGAGUCUAUACCCUCGAAGCCAGCCAAGGAAACCGCUAGGGAACGGUUCCAGAGAGUGGCACGCACAGUUCUCCUGCAAUCCACCGCCCACAAGUGGAAUGUGGUGCUCCGUGCCGCCCAGGACUCCCAAAUAGGCCGCUCCACCAAGAACGAGCGCAAAAACCUUCAGAAUCUGGGCAGGGCCAUAGAAGAGGCCAAGAGGCUCAUAAUGCUCAAUCCGGGCUGUUCCUCCGGUCGGGAGUCUCCAAUUCGUAUUGAAUUUGAGGAUGAGAAGACGAGCACCUUGCUGGAGCUGCUCAACCAGAUCAGUGCAGAAAUCAGCGAUAGCGAAAGACCCAAAAUCAAGCCGACCUGGCGACCUCCUCUGAAGACCGUACCUGCCCGAGCAAUGGCAGCCAAUAAUGUCAGAUCUCUCACUGCACCCGAACUGAAGAUAAGCAGGAAGUCCUCACCAGCUCCCACUCCGGGUCCAACCCCUGGACACACUGCAGUUUCCCAACUAAGAAACCGAGAGCUUCCUUUGUGCCCCAGCAAGCUGAUAGCUAAUUCAACUCCUGGUGCUUCCACCGCUCCUCUCAAGAAAUCCGCACCAUCAGCACCAGCUGGUGUACCACCACCACCCACCUAUAAGGGCGCUACCCACACCCCCUUCACCGUGGGGGCUCGCAACCCAGGCAAUACUCGUACUUCAGAUGGUGUGCCAUCCGGCAAUUCCAACUUUGACAUCCAUGUGGUCGAUCUGGACGAGAAGGCCGGGCACUUUGGCAGGGAUAAUGUUUCCGAUAUAAGCUCCAUUGCCAGCACGAGUCCCCAGCGGCCAAAGCAUCGUAACUAAAUGUGAUUGUGGCAUGGACACGGGUGAUAUAUAUCUCAAUGGGUCCACUAGAUGCCUUACAAAUAGCUAUAUAUUCUUGUAUUUAUCUGUAAACAAGGAAUAAAAUUAUUUAGGCAAAUGAAA